AUGCAGCGGAGGGUGAGUGUCGGUCGAUUUAUCAAGGAUGUGUCCGCGAGUGCAGAUGUUUUGGGUCUAGAUAAGUCAAUUGAUGAAGAUGUCUAUAAGCAAAAGUACGUUUUCGAGGUCGCUUGGGAAGUAGUCAACAAAGUUGGGGGCAUUUACACCGUGAUUAGAACCAAAGCCGCAACGAGUGUGGAGGAACUUGGUGACAGAUAUGUUCUCAUCGGUCCCCUCAAUGAAGUCUGCAUGCGCACAGAAGUCGAUAUCGUAGAGCCAGCCACGGAACCCCUCAAGCGUGCCCUCCAAAAACUACGUGAACAUGACAUUAAUAUGGUUUUCGGUCGGUGGCUUAUCGAAGGUUAUCCAUAUGUCCUUCUAUUCGAUAUCGGUUCAUCGGCGUGGCGCAUAGAUUCCUGGAAAAAGGAACUUUGGGAUAAUUGCAACAUUGGAAUCCCUGUCCAUGACAGUGAGUGCAAUGAUGCACUUAUUUUCGGUGCACUUGUCGCUUGGUUCUUGAAAGAAUUCAGAGAUGAGUUGGAUGCCGAAACAGAGGGCACAAAACUUCCUAUUUUGGCCCACUUCCAUGAGUGGCUUGCUGGUUGCGGACUGAUCUUCACUCGCACGCGCCACCUUAACGUAGCCACUAUCUUUACGACACAUGCAACACUCCUCGGACGAUAUUUGUGUGCUGCUUCAGUUGAUUUAUACAAUAAUCUGGACAAAUUUGACCUUGACAAGGAAGCCGGAGACCGCAAUAUCUAUCACCGCUAUUGCUUGGAAAGGGCUGCUGUCCACUGCGCCCAUGCUUUCACAACAGUAAGUAAGAUUACCGGCCUGGAGAGCAAAUAUCUCCUUCAACGCGAGCCCGACAUAAUUACGCCAAAUGGCAUUAACGUCAUUAAGUUUGCGGCUCUCCAUGAAUUUCAAAAUCGACACGCUCUCGCGAAGCAGAAAUUGCAUCAGUUUAUUCAGGGCCAUUUUUAUGGACACUACGACUUUGAUUUGGACAAGACAUUAUACUUCUUCAUUGCUGGUAGAUAUGAAUUUCAAAACAAAGGUGCUGAUAUAUUUAUCGAAGCUCUUGCUCGCUUAAAUCACCGUCUACAGGAACAAGGGAGUGACGUCACAGUUGUUGCCUUCCUCAUUUUCCCCGCUGCGACCAAUAGUUUUAACGUAGACUCAUUCAGAGCCCAAGCAAUCGUUAAACAGUUGCGAGAAACCUGCAAUGAUAUCCAAAACGACAUGGGCACAAGACUUUUUGAAGUCUGUCUCCGGGGUCGAAUUCCUACCGGUGCAGAUGUUCUCCAUCAGGUCGGUUAUGAAUGCAUCGCCCAAUUUAUUUUUAAUUGGUUAGGCGCUGAACAUGCAUCCUCUGUGCUUGAGCGUUUCCAAAAUUUUGCUCCUGAUUUAUUGCAGUAG